AUGGACAAGCUGUCGGGGCUGGAGAGUGCAGGAGGAGGGGGCGGCACCGCCGGAGCAUCAGCUGCUAGGAAACCUCCCCGACCGUCUGCACCUCCGUCAGUGCCCGGCUCCAGGCAGCCCAGCGUGGAGACCCUGGACAGCCCUACUGGAUCACACGUUGAAUGGUGCAAGCAGCUGAUUGCAGCUACAAUAUCCAGCCAGAUUUCCAGCUCUGUACCACCAGAAAAUGUUUCCCGAGAUUACAGGGAGAUUCAGGAUGAACACAAUGGCUAUCAUUCAGAAACGGAGGCCGAGCAGGCUUUAAGGGAUGGGAAUAAGCUGGCUCAGAUGGAGGAAGCACCAUUAUUUCCUGGAGAGUCAAUCAAGGCAAUUGCUAAGGAUGUUAUGUACAUUUGCCCAUUCUGGGGUGCAGUCAGUGGAACAUUAACCGUGACAGACUUUAAAAUGUACUUCAAAAACAUUGAAAGGGAUCCACCCUUCAUCUUGGAUGUCCCCCUGGGUGUAAUCAGCAGGGUGGAGAAAAUAGGAGUUCAGAGUCAAGGGAACAAUUCUUGCGGUAUAGAAAUAGGAUGCAAGGAUAUGAGGAACCUAAGGCUAGCCUACAAACAGGAAGAGCAGAGCAAGCUGGAAAUAUUUGAAAAUCUUAUAAGGCAUGCCUUUCCUGUUUCAAGUGGACUGCCUUUAUUUGCAUUUAGUUACAAAGAGAAAUUCUCUGUGGAUGGAUGGAAAGUUUAUGAUCCUACAGCAGAAUACAAGAGACAGGGCUUGCCCAAUGAGAGCUGGAAGAUCACCAAGAUAAACAGUAACUAUGAGCUGUGUGACACAUAUCCAGCUGUCUUUGUUGUACCGACGAGUGUAGCAGAUGAUGACUUGGCCAGAGUGGGAGCAUUUAGAGCUAAAGGACGUAUCCCGGUGUUGUCCUGGAUCCACCCUGAAAGUCAGGCUACAAUAACUCGCUGUAGCCAGCCUUUAGUCGGGCCCAAUGAUAAGCGAUGUAAAGAAGAUGAAAAGUAUUUACAGACUAUAAUGGAUGCCAAUGCCCAAUCGCACAAAAUUAUUAUCUUUGAUGCCAGGCAGAACAGUGUUGCUGACACUAACAAGGCAAAAGGAGGCGGGUAUGAAAGUGAGACUGCGUACCCCAAUGCAGAGCUCAUUUUCCUGGAAAUCCACAACAUCCAUGUCAUGAGGGAAUCCCUGCGUAAGCUGAAGGAGAUUGUUUAUCCAGCCAUUGAUGAGUCACGAUGGCUAACCAACGUGGAUGGAACACAUUGGCUUGAAUACAUAAGGAUGCUUCUGGCUGGUGCAGUGAGGAUUGCUGAUAAACUUGAAUCAAGUAAGACCUCUGUGGUAGUGCAUUGCAGUGAUGGCUGGGAUCGGACAGCACAACUUACAUCUCUGGCUAUGCUAAUGCUGGACAGCUAUUACAGAACCAUCAAAGGAUUUGAGGUCCUAAUUGAAAAAGAGUGGAUAAGCUUUGGCCAUAGAUUUGCUAUGAGAGUGGGUCAUGGAGAUGACAAUCAUGCAGAUGCUGACAGAUCCCCAAUCUUCCUUCAGUUUAUUGAUUGCGUAUGGCAAAUGACCAACCAGUUUCCUGCAGCUUUUGAAUUUAAUGAACUUUUCCUCGUCACCAUUCUUGACCACCUCUAUAGCUGCUUGUUUGGGACAUUCUUGUAUAACAGUGAGCAACAGAAAGUGAAAGAGGAAUUGCAAACCAAGACUAUAUCUUUGUGGUCCUACAUUAAUAGCCACAUGGAUGAAUUUACCAGUCCCUUUUAUGUGAAUUAUGAGCACCAUGUGCUGUAUCCAGUUGCCAGUCUGAGCCACUUGGAACUCUGGGUAAACUAUUACAUAAGAUGGAAUCCUCGCACCAGACCUCAGAUGCCAAUUCAUCAGAACCUUAAGGACCUCCUGGCCAUAAGGGCAGAGCUUCAGAAGAGGGUGGAAGAACUCCAGCGUGAAGCUACAACCCAGAUCAGUUUCUUCAUCAUCAGACCGGGGAUCGUCCCCUUCACAUUCCGCCACACCAGUACACACGGCUGUCUGACGCUCAGCAUGAACCAGGUGGCACAGUGUGAGGAUGCAUCUUGGCAUGCUGCCACCAGUGCUUUCAGAAUUUGA